AUGAGUCUGGCUCUGCACGAGCUGCUGGUGUGCUGUCGAGGACUGGAGAAUGAGAAAGCCACAGAGAGGAAGAAAGAGGUGGAUCGCUUCAGGAGACUCAUCCUUUCGCCAGACACGGUGGAGGAACUCGAUCGGACGUCGGGAUGCAAAGUCUCCAAAGGCUCCAAGCAGCUCACCUGGGAUGCUGUUUUCCGAUUUUUACAAAAGUUCCUUCAGAAAGAGACAGAGGUUCUACAGUCAGGAAAAGCCAACGUAUCCGCCAUCACGCAUGCCAACCGGCAGAAGAAGAUGCAGGAAAUUAGCAGCCUGAUGAAGUAUUUUAUCAGAUGCGCCAACCAACGUGGUCCGAAGUUAAAGUGUGCCGAGCUGCUGUCCCAUGUGGUGGAGGUCCUGCAGAGUCCGUUCAGCUGUGGGGCGUACGGCGAGGACUACAGCAGCAUUCUGCUCAAGGACAUCCUGUCGGUGCGCAAAUACUGGUGUGAGAUGAGCCAGCAGCAGUGGCACAGUCUGUUGGAUCUGUACUGUGGGCUGUUCAAUAGGGGAUCCAAGUCCAUUAACAGAGUCCAAGUGAGUCGCAUCCUCUACACGGUUGUUUGGGGCUGUUGUGUCCAAACGGAGGGAUUGUCCCACACUCUCUUCAACUUCUUCCAGAAGGCUCUGAGCAACACCAGGGCAGAAAGACAGCUGAUGGUUCUGGAGAACCUGGUUUCUGCAGUGAACGUGUUCCUGCGCUCGGUGCUCCUGUCUUGCAGGAAGAGGGCGUGUGCCCUGGGCGAGGAGGUCCUGUCCGCUAUGCUGUACGUUUACACUCAGAUGAGACCCAGCUCCACGCUGAAAGACGAGCUCGUGAAGUUCUUCCAGCUGCAGCUUUGUGUUCAUCACCCAAAAGGGGCAAAGACUUUAGAGACAGGUGCGCAUGCGGAGGACUGGGUCAGAUGGCAGGGUCAGCUCUGCACCCUCUAUGAUGCCCUCGUCAGUGAGAUCAGUCAGAUCGGCAGCAGAGGGAAAUAUGCCACUGGCUCUCGGCACAUUGCUGUGAAAGAAAAUCUCAUUGAACUGACCGCUGACGUCUGCCACCAGUUGUUCCGUCAAAGCACUCAUGUUCAGGAAGUGACAUCAUCAGUCUGUCGGGAUACUCAGCGGGACAGUCCGCAGAGCUGCAAACGCAGGCGAAUCGAGCAGCCGCUGACCAAUUGGGAGGUGAUACGAUCCAAACUUCAGCCCCACCACAGCGACUUCGACAUUAUACCCUGGUUACAGGUGACAGCCGCUCUGAUAUCCCGAUACCCCUGUAUACUGCCGGCGGACGAGCUCGUGCCUCUGCUGGGUCUGCUCUGCCAGCUUCAGGGCGAGCAGCAGCGCCGGGGCGAGAGGGUCCUGUACGUCCUGCGCUGCCUGAGGGAGCUCUGCCACGCCACGGCCUCAGCCAACGCCUCGGCUCACACGGCGGAGCUGGCCCGACUGUGGGCCAGGGUUUGGGCUCUCGCUCUGCGCGGAGUCGGCUCAGUCCAGACCGGCACUUUGAGUCUGGAACUGCUGCGCACAACAGUGCAGGAAUCCCUGGAGCCCGUCGAUCGAGAGUUCUGGAAAGUCUUCGCUGGGGCUGUUUGCAAGCCUUCUCUCGUUGGGGCCCUCUGCUUGGCCCAGGCCCUGUUGAAGUGCUCCGUGCCCAAGAGCGUUCACAGUCAUGACGUCAUCGGUGGAGUGCUGAUGGAGACGGGUGGGGAGCCGCCCACCCUGAGAGACUCCAUCAUCAGCUGGCUGGUCAUGAACGAACACAACGAGGAGACGGAGGAGAACUGCAGACCUCACCUCAUCAUCACCAGGGAUUUUCCAUUGAACCUCAUUCCUAGAAUUCUAGUGUCGUUGACAUUGAAAGACAGCAGGGCUGGACUAACGUUUCUGAUGGGCAGCCUGAAGCCGGAGAGUUUCUCUCCCCUGAGUUCUUCCCUCACUGAGGCGAAAGACACUUUGGCAGAGGUUGAAAGUCUCUUCCUGCAGUUCAGUUUUGAUGACACCCCUCCCAGCACUAAAGUUACAGCUGACAGAGACGGUGUUUACUCAGAGAAACCACAGUUCACUGUUAUUCAAGCUCUCAGAACCAAACUAGAGCUCAGUCUCCUGUCUGUCGCCGAGCAGCUCUUCAACUGCUACUCUCCUGAUAGUUCAAACACUCCUCACGAGUGUGUGCUGCGCUGUGCUUCGCUGCUCACUGGAGUUCUUGCUGCGUACGUGUGUAUGGGACUCCUCACAGAAGAAGAGGCCUGUCGCUCGCCCCUCUUCCUAAAAGCCAAGGCAUUGGUUCAGGAAUUUAGUCAUUACAUAUCAGCGGCAAAGAGCAGAUUGGCUGAGAACGACACCAUCACAUCAAUUCAGUCAGUGAUGCUGUUGUGCUCUGAUAAUAUUAGUAGAAGAGAAAAGGAUGACAAAGUGUCUACCAUAUCUCGCAUUUUAUUCAUGAAGACUUUGCCUGUGAGGUUGCUGAAUGACCUGUGUGACAUAUCUAAGCAACUGUUGAGCAGCUCGAGUAAAAAGGACCACGCAGUCAUGGAGAACGACCCGAUGGAUGAAGAUGUGGAUGUGAGCAGAAACCAAACGGACAAUCAGGAGGAGAUUGAUCUGUUUGAAGAUGGAGACGGGACGCGCCACAGCACUUCCAGACCCUGCCAGUCCAAUGACGAAGCUUGUGACUCAAAUUUCAGCACAGGGACCAAUAGUGCAUUAUCUGAGGAGCAUUUAUCUAGGCAAGACUUGGCCUUCUUGUCUGUGCUUGGAUUCCUGUCGCUCUGUGGAUCCUCAGAGCUCAACGGUGGAUUCUCCUUCAAACCCCUGGACACUCAACGCAAACUGCUCAAACUACUGGACCUCACAGACUUUUCUCAGAUUCUUCACCUCCACAUGUAUCUUUCCCUGCUGAAGAAACUCCCAGCUGAAGUCUCAUCUCUGGAUCCUGAAGAGUUCGAUACUCUUCUCAGGCCUCUGGCAGAUGUUUGUUCUCUGUAUCGGCAAGACCAGGAGGUGUGUGCUGCCGUCCUGUGCUCUCUCCUGCCCUCCAUCCGCUGUCUGGGCCGAGCGCCCGCCGCGAGCGAGCAGGACGACGAGCUGGCACACAUCAAAGGAGCGCUGCUCCAAGUCGUGUCUGGGUUCUGUAUCUUAGGGAAAUCCGGCAAAUGCACCUCAGCUGUGAGAGUGGCACUAAGGCAGUGUUUACUGGCUUUGCUGGAGGUGGACCCUUGCUGUAAGUGGGCGACGCUGACGCUGAGGGACAAGGAGCUGCCCGUGUCCGCGGUCCUCUCGGCUCAUUUAGCGGACCCACAUCACCAUGUGUGCAUGUUGGCGGCACUGUCUGUGGAGAGCUUGUUUCUUAAAAACGGACUGGAAGGCAAGAUGAUGCUUCCCAUGAAGAACCAGCAGACGGCCUUUGAGAACAUUUACCUCAGGGCUCAGGAAGGAAUGAGCGGGCAGAAGAGCUGUCCGUCAGAAGACUUGCCCGACGAGACGUUUAAUCGACGGGCCACCCUGCUGAAGAGUGUGUCUAUGGUGAUGUCCUGCAGCCCCGUGUGCGAGAAGCAAGCCUUGUUUGCUCUCUUCCAGUCCUACAAGGAGAACAGCAUUGAUGACCAGCUCAUCAAUAAGGUGCUGAGAGGCGUGUCCCGGUCGCUCGGGUACAGGGACUCCAAGAGUUUAAUCCAAUCACACCUAUAUUACCUAGUGGCUGAGUGGCUGAACCAGAAACAGUCGGACUCGAGGUACACGCUGCAGUCCUUCCCCUUCACACUGCUGGGCUUCUGCAGUCUGGACGAGUUUUACAGGUCAUCCUACCAUGUGCUGAUCCCGCACCUGGUCUUCCUGAAUGACUUUGAGGAGGUGAAAUCCAUUGGGAAUCACUUGGCUCAAGACUGGAAGCAGCUGCUGGCUAACUGCUUCCCCAAGAUCAUGGUGAACAUCCUGCCUCACUUCGCCCUCGCUGGGCAAGACACCCAUGUGGCCCUGCAGAGAGAGAAAGCUCACAGGGUGUACGACAUUCUGAAGGACAGCAACUUCCUGGGAAAACAGCAAAUUGACAGUUUGAUUUGCAACAACCUGGCUGACAUUGUGGUGGAGCUGUUAAUGACGCUGCAUGAGACCGCAGGAGGAGCGUCUGCGGAUGGUGGAGACCUACAGAAAUUUACUGGAGAGUUGGAUCCUGCGCCAAACCCGCCAUUCUUCAGCUCAUAUGUGAUCAAAGCCACGCUGGACUACCUGAGCAAAUGCCACAGUGCCAACCACAAGUCUCUAGUCUCCAUCCUGUCAAAGACUCCCAUGUCCAUUCAGAGGAUUCUCAUAGCGAUCUGUCAGAAGGCUGCUGAGACCACUAAUGCCUACGAGCGGCACCGUAUACUGAUGAUGUACCACCUGUUUGUGAGCCUGCUGCUCAGGGAGGUGAAGGACGGGCUGGGCGGAGCGUGGGCGUUUGUGCUGCGGGACAUCAUCUAUACGCUUAUUCACCACAUCAACAGCAGAUCAUGUCCUCAGGAUGAAGUGUCCUCUCGCAGUUUGUCCCUGUGCUGUGAGCUGCUGUCGCUGGUCUGUCAGACGGCUGUUGAAUACUGUGAUGAUGCUCUGGAGAGUCACCUGCAGGUCAUAGUGGCCACCCUCACAGCACAGGUCACCGAAAGGUCUGCCAUAUCUCAGCAGGUCCUCCGCCUGCUAAGGUUCCUGGUAAUAGAAAACCCAGAGAACAGCAUGUUGAGAAAGUCCAUUCCCCUGUUGGAGCCUUUCCCGGACCGACCGGACUUCAGAGAGCUCCGAGCCGCCCAACAUGCCCUCAAAUACAGCUCUGGCGCCUUCACUCUCAGACAGGAAAUCGAGCAUUUUCUCUCUGUGACGUCUUGCGAUUCGUUGCCCCUGGCACGUUUGGAGGGAUUGAAAAAUUUGAAAAGGCAACUUCACAGCCACAAACAGCAGAUAGGACAACUCUUGAAAGAAUGCCAUGCCGAUCCUGCCAGCUGUAUUCUGGUUAAGCUGGUUCUAAACCUCCUUCAGCUCUGCAAAACCGCAGCUAACCACCCUGGUGGAGGAGACAUCUUGAAGGCUGUUGGUCGGUGCCUGGGAGAACUUGGGCCAGUUGACCUGUCAUCCAUUGCGUUGCAUCAUGGGAAAGACCAGCUGUAUGCUAGAGCAGCCUAUAUGUUCCCAGAUGUUCCUCUUCAGUGGAUCUUCAUCAUCUUGAACUGCAUGGACAAUGCACUCACACAUCACAGUAUCACGGUGCGUCAGGCUGCUGGUGUGUGUUUAAAGGACAUCUUGGCCACACAGUCUGGGCUUGAUUUCGGAGAGAUGUAUAAAAGUAAAAGGGACCCUUUGCUGGCUUACCUAAACCCCUUCCGCUCUGCCAAGAGACGGGAGCCCAUCAUGAGCAUGGAAGUGAGCUCAGAGUCCAGAGACAGGCUGGACAGCUCUGACCUGUGGUUGGUGACACCUGGUGGACACAAGGACUGGUUGAAGAACCUGUGUAUGGCCCUUUUAGACAGCGGAGGGGUCCGAAACGAAGCUCUGCUUCUCACCAGGCCUUUAUGUGAGGUGAACACAGAUUUUUGUCAGAGGAUGCUGCCGCUCUUUGUUCAUGAUAUUCUCCUGGGAGAUGAGGAUGGUUCCUGGAGGAAGCUGUUAUCCACACACAUCCAGAGUUUCUUCAGUCAGUACCGCAGACCCUCCUCCCCCACCAGCCGGCCCACCACCCCCAUGCUCUCCGAUUCAGGGAGCACUAUUGAUGUCGCCAACCAGAGCCAGAUAGACAAAACCUCACUCCGCAGCAUGCUGGCAGUCAUAGACUAUCUCAGACAACAGGGCCGCCCAGUGGCGCCUGGGAGUAAUGAAUAUGGGACAGUGUGUGACUCUAAUUUCUGGCUGGAUCUGAAUUACCUGGAGGUGGCUGGAGCCGCCCAGGUGUGUUCGGCCCAUUUCACCGCGCUCCUGUACUCUGAGAUCUACGUGGACAAGAUCAGGUCCGACAUGGAGCAGAGCCGAAGCUCGCAGUCUCGAGUGUCGAGACGGAUCGCGUUUGAUGAGAGCAGCCAAACUCUGUCCAUCAGCAGUGUGAAUGAGAAGAGUUUAGAAGACUCUGGCAUCAGUCUCCAGGAUCUUCUGAUUGAAGUGUACAGGUGCAUUGGAGAGCCUGACAGCCUGUAUGGAUGUGGAGGGGGGAAGCUAAUCAGUCCUCUGACUAGAAUUCGAACGUAUGAACAUGAGGCCAUGUGGGAUAAGGCUUUGGUUUCAUAUGACCUUCACUCCAACCUCCCAGAGGUCACUCGACAGAUCGGCAUAGUGGAGGCUCUGCAGAACUUUGGUUUGUGCGGUAUUCUGCGCACGUAUCUCCACGGGCUGGAGAGAGAGGGUGUGGAGUGGAGUCCUGACCUCCGAGAGCUGCGCUUUCAGGCCGCCUGGAGAAGCACGCAGUGGGACUGUGACCUUCCUGAGAGAAAUGAGAAGCUGAAGCCUGGCAUCAACGAGUCCUUGUUCAAUUCCCUCCAAGCUUUGAGAGAUCGAGAACUCUCCCUAUUCGAGCAAACCCUCAACUACGCCAGAGGUCACGAGGUGGAGGAGUUGUGUCGUGGGAGUCUGGAGGCCGUGUCUUCGCUGUAUCCUGCUCUCUGUAACCUGCAGAGGAUCAGCGAGCUGCGGGGUGUCGAGGAGCUCUUCUCCAGGCCUAUAACUGACUCCAGCCUGAAUGAAGUCUACAGGAAGUGGAAACAGCACUCUGACCUCCUAACCGACAGUGAUUUCAGUCUGGUGGAGCCCGUCUUAGCCUUGCGCUCCUCCAUACAGGAAACACUGAUUUCCUCAGAGACAGAGAAGAAGAAUGAUCUGAUCUCGGCCUAUUCUUCCCACCUGAUGGAGCUGUGCAAACUGGCUCGUUCUGCAGGAAACACGCAGCUGGCCGAGCGGGCCGUCUUCCACAUGAAGCGGCACAGUCUGUCCAGUGGGGGCGUUGGCAGCAGCUCGUGGGCCUGCCAGCUGGAGGAGGCGCAGGUGUUCUGGGUGAAGAAGGAACACGGGCUGGCUCUGGGGCUGCUCAAACAGAUGAUCCAACAACUAGAGGAUCUGGUGUGUGUGAAACCUUCCGUGGUGCCGGUGUAUUCGGAGUGUUUGAGACUGUGUGGAAGCUGGCUGGCUGAAUCCUGUCUGGAGAGCCCUGCUAUCAUACUGGAGAAAUACCUGGAGAGGGCAGUGGAGGUCAUUGAGGACCACUGUGGAGAUUCAAACGCUAAACUCCAGAGCCAGAAGACCCAGGCUUUCUUUUCGCUUGCCCGUUUUUCUGACGCACAGUACCAGAGCAUCGAAAACUACAUGAAGUCGUCCGAGUUUGAGAACAAGCAUGCUCUUCUGGAGAAGGCCAAGGAGGAAGUGGACCUGAUGCGGGAGAGGAAGGUCGGCAACAACAGAUACACAGUGAAAGUUCAGAGAGAACUAGAGCUGGACGUCAAGGCACUGUCAAACCUACAGGCCGACCGCAACCGCUUCCUCCUCAAGGCCGUGGAGAACUACAUUCAGUGCCUAGGGCUGGGAGAAGAACAUGACACCUGGGUCUUCAGACUGGCCUCGCUCUGGCUGGAGAAUGCAGAUGUCAAAACCGUGAAUGACAUGAUGAAGAGUGGUGUAAAGAAAAUCCCAUCACAUAAGUUCCUGCCCCUGAUGUACCAGUUGGCUGCUCGCAUGGGCACCAAAGUGUCCAGUUCCAUGACCUCACAGGACGUGGGCUUCCAUCAUGUGCUAAACGAGCUGAUCUGUCAGUCGUCCACUGACCACCCCCACCACACGCUCUUCAUCAUUUUGGCACUGGUCAACGCCAACAAGGAUGAGAGUUUCUCUCGCAGUCGCAUAUCCAAGAGCAGUGCCCGCCAACCUUCACCUCUGGACUUGGAACGGGCCGAGGUCGCUCGAAAGAUCAUUGACGUGGUUCGUAAAAAGAGGCCCAAGAUGGUCAGAGACAUCGAGACGCUUUGCAAUGCUUACAUCACGUUGGCAUACAUGGACGCCAGUCGCCAUAAAACUGAAAAGAAAGCCAUACCUAUCCCACCGGAACAACCCAUUAUGAAAAUCAAGGACCUCAAUGAUGUCGUCAUUCCCACCAUGGACAUCAAGGUGGACCCAUCAGGCAAAUAUGAAGACCUUGUGACUGUCAGGUCAUUCAAACCUCAUUUUCACCUUGCUGGAGGUGUCAACCUCCCCAAAAUAAUCGACUGUGUGGGUUCAGAUGGCAAAAGCAGGAGACAGCUGGUCAAGGGUCAGGACGAUCUGAGGCAGGACGCAGUGAUGCAGCAGGUCUUUCAUAUGUGCUCCACUCUUCUCCAGCGCAACGCAGAAACUCGCAAGAGGAAACUCAACAUCCGCCGCUACAAAGUGGUGCCGUUUUCCCAGCGCAGUGGUGUUUUGGAGUGGUGUUCUGGUACUGUGCCCAUUGGAGAAUUCCUGGUGGACCCACAGAAGGGGGCUCACAAACGCUUCCGCCCACAGGACUGGUCCAACAUGUCCUGUCGCAAGAAAAUGAUGGAGGCUCAAAGGCUGGAGUUCGAUGACAAACUUCAGGUUUUCUCAGAGGUGUGCCGAAAUUUCCGGCCAGUUUUCCGAUACUUUUGCAUGGAGCGCUUCCUAGAUCCUGCAGUGUGGCUGGAGAGACAGCUAGCGUACACACGCAGUGUGGCCACCUCUUCUAUCGUGGGUUACAUCGUUGGCCUGGGCGAUCGGCACAUUCAGAACAUCCUCAUCGACGAACAGACUGCAGAACUGGUCCACAUCGACCUCGGUGUUGCGUUCGAGCAGGGUAAAAUCUUACCCACCCCUGAGACAGUACCCUUCAGGCUGUCUCGAGACAUUGUGGAUGGGAUGGGCAUCACUGGGGUUGAGGGCGUCUUCCGGAGAUGUUGUGAGAAAACAAUGGAAGUUAUGAGGAGUUCUCAGGAAGCCCUGUUGACCAUUGUGGAGGUGUUGCUGUAUGACCCUCUGUUUGACUGGACCAUGAACCCUCUGAAGGCCUUCUACCUGCAGCAACACGAUGAGCAGGCGGAGCUCAACGCCACGCUCAACCCCACGCCGGGGGCGGAUGAGAUUGACGCGCAUCGCAAGGCCAGUGACAGUCAGAGCUUUAAUAAAGUGGCGGAGCGAGUGUUACUGCGCCUGCAGGAGAAGCUGAAGGGUGUUGAGGACGGGACGGUGCUCAGCGUGGGUGGUCAGGUAAACCUCCUCAUUCAGCAGGCCAUGGACCCCAAAAACCUCAGCCGCCUCUUCCCCGGGUGGCAGGCCUGGGUCUGAUACACACGCACAACACUCGCCACUUUGAUUCUUACACCACAGAAAUAACCUAAACAAGCACGUGAACAGUGGAAGUGCCUUAUCGCUGUAUUCUCAAUGCGCUUCGUGACAACUCUGAACGUCCAUCUUUAAAAUGCACUAUUAGCCUCUAUACGGUUCAAUCACAUAUUGAGCAAUGUUCUAGUGAACAGUCGGAUCAGUUUUUGUUCAAAACAUCAAAAUUGAAAACAUUUUACCACAAGCUUUGAAUAGUAUGUAUUAAAUAUGAAUGUUUAAGUAAUAAUAGAUAACAAUGGAAUUGAAAAGUUAAACACAAAGCUCAUCACAUGCUUUGAUCAGUUUGGUUCAUGUUGUAAUGUGUACUUAUAAACAGUACAGAUAUUACUUAUUGGAUAAAUUGGAUGCACAAUAAAUCACGGUUAAACUGUUAA